AUGUCAGACGUUGAAGAACAACAAAUCGUUGAAGAAGUUGCCGUUGAAGAAGCCGGUUCAAUCACCAUUGAAGAUGCCUUAAAAGUUGUCUUAAGAACCUCAUUAGUUCACGAUGGUUUAGCUAGAGGUUUAAGAGAAGCCUCAAAAGCUUUAUCAAGAAGAGAAGCUCAAUUAUGUGUCUUAUGUGAAUCAGUUACCGAAGCCUCAAUUGUUAAAUUAGUUGAAGCUUUAUGUAAUGAACCAGAAGAAAAAAUCCCAUUAAUCAAAGUUUCUGAUGCUAAACAAUUAGGUGAAUGGGCUGGUUUAUGUCAAUUAGACAGAGAAGGUAACGCCAGAAAAGUUGUUGGUGCUUCUUGUGUUGUUGUCAAAAACUGGGGUCAAGAUUCUGAAGAAAGAAACAUUAUCUUAGAACACUUUGCUCAACAAUAG